AUGUUAAUACUUUCUGAAUGCUCCCAUUCUUCAAAUAAAGAGGAUUCUGAACUAGGUGUUCUUGCCAAGUGGUGGACCGAAAACACUAUCCCCAAUUCGCUCGACGACUUAGAUUUACUGGACGCUUUUGUAGUCAAAAAUGUCCAAGACCGUGGAGAAUAUUACGAACGCCCAAAAGAUGCUACUGGGGUAAUUGUUUCAAGUCAAAAAAAGUUGGCUGCAAUGGCUGCUUGGAGGAACAAGGAGCACAAGGGUCCCUGGCAGAUUUAUGGAGAACAAGAGACAAACACAACUGCAUUCCACUACGUGGGUGAUAGUGAUAUAGUUUUCAUAGGCUGGGUUUAG